UCACAGCCUUCAGUUGUGACUCUUGAAGAGAAGACAAGAGAAAAGGCACGAAUCCUGUGUGUCAGUGAUUGAUCAUGUCUCACUCAGGUGCUCAGGGCAGUAUUGGCAGUCACCCUGCUAUUGGCCUACGCAAUCACAAGAUAUACCUCUAUGAAUAUGAAAACUUCCGAGGCCGUAGGAUGGACCUGUUUGGAGAGUGCAAUAACCUGUGUGAGAAAGGUUUCAACAGAAUUGGCUCCAUCAGGGUAGAGUGUGGCCCCUGGGUCGGCUAUGAGCAGCAGAACAUGACAGGUGAGAUGUUCAUGUUGGAGAAGGGCGAGUACCCCCGCUGGGAUACCUGGUCCAACAGCUACCGCUGUGAUCGCAUGAUGUCAGUCAGGCCAGUUCGAAUGGAUCCCCAAGAUCACAAGAUUUGCCUGUACGAAGGAGCAAACUUUGAGGGCCGUAAGAUGGAAGUGUGUGAUGAGGAUAUUCCAAGCCUGUGGUCCUACGGCUUCCAGGAUCAUGUCGGAAGCAUUCAAGUUACUGGUGGAACCUGGGUGGGUUACCAAUACCCUGGCUAUCGUGGCUACCAGUAUGUGUUAGAGUUCGGACCUUUCAAGCAUUGGAAUGAGUGGGGAGCCACUCACCCUCAGAUCCAGUCCAUCCGCAGGGUGAGAGACAUGCAGACGCACCGCCGGGGCUGCUUUGAGCUGACACCAUGAAUAAGAGAAAAACAGACUGAAAGUCAACAUUAGGGAUGUCACCAGAGCUGAAAUUUUCCGCAAGGACAGCUAUAGUUGUUUAUCUUAUGUUUAAUGAAAAGACUGGAUGCUUUAAGGUCAAUGAAUGACUAAGAGUUAUGUGAUAAAAAAAGAAACAACUUAAACAACACAUGCCCAUACUUCAAGACAAAAAAAAAAGAUUAUGUUCUAUUUCCAAAUGGGGGAUAAUAGGGUAUUGGUAGCAUCUGUUUACAAUGUUCUUUUUUGUUUUGUUUUGGGGUUUAUUUGCAUGCAACCUUUUUUCACCUACUUUCUUAUGAGUUUCAAGCUGAAACAAUGUCAAUGAAGCAGACCUCUCCAUCUUUCUAAAAUUACAUAGGUUUGUUUACCAUAUCACAGCUUAGAGGGCAGUAGCAUGGACAGUUCUCGGGUUAAUACUGCAGUAAGCUUGUAAGGUAGGGGGAGGCACUAUCUCCUCAUCUCCAAGAUUGAACCCAGAUAUCUCACAGCCCCAGAGGGCUGCACAGAGCUAUGGUUUACUGAAUCUAUAUCCUUUUUCCAGCCUGUAGAUGGGGCUGUCCUGAAGUUUUAAAUUUUACAUUUUCUCAGGGAUGCUGGCAUCUGAAAGCAAUGUUCUUAUGGAAAUCAAAUGAAUGAAAAUAAAACA